AUGUCUCUGUUCAUGGAUUCAGACGUGUCUUCACUCAGGCAGAACCAGUGUAAAGACGUGAUGGAAUUUAAGACGUUAUAUGGCGAACCGGAACAAUGUAAAGACGGCCGCAGUGAGCGCGCACUAUCCUCCCCGGAGCCGGAGCGAGCCGCGGGGCCGAUGGAGGGCCAGAGGAAGAGGAAGAGGACCAUCUUCAGCCGGGCCCAGCUCACCGAGCUGGAGCAGGCCUUCGCUGUGACUCCGUACCCGGACAUCACCCUGCGAGAGAGACUGGCUGCACACACACACCUUCCCGAGAGCAAGAUACAGGUGUGGUUCCAAAACAGAAGAGCUAGAAGUAUCAAGACCGUUAGAAUCCCCAAGUCCACCAAACCCCCCCUGGGAGGGAUAGGUGAUCCCCCCACCUCCGCCUUCCUCGGCUCCUCAUCCCUGGCGGACAUAUUCCGGCCCGAGCAGAGCCACUGUGAGGAGGUGCAGCAGAUUUACUCUGACUGGAUCCAGAUCUACAGCAACCCUGUGUCAUCGCCGCCAUCUUGCUCCUCCCUCCACCAGCACCAACCCUGCAAACCCUCAGACUCUCAUGUCUGGGAGGAUGAGCACCACCCGCGGCAGCACCUGGGACCAGCACUCCCCGCCUUCCUUCCUGGUUCUUUCCCCCAGCCUGUCAGCAGGCAGCCUCACCCCUCGGCCUCCGCCCGCUCCUACCAGGCCUUCAGGAACUUCAAACCCCAGACUAUAGCUCCAUCCCCUCACCAGGCAGUGUACGCUGCAGGUGGAGCCCACACCUCCAUAGAUCAGGUGGUCCCUUCCCACCAUCAGCCGGUGUACUGGGAGGUGACUCAGGGCCAAGGACACCACCACCCACACCACAAUCACCACCCACAAAUGGGAGCUCAGACCUCCAUGGGCUACAUCUCAGACUUAAUCUACAACGCCGCCAUCGUCACCAACUUCCUGGAGCACUGA